AAGAGUGCAGAGCCUGGUUUGCUCAGAGCAGCUUCCCUCAUCGUCUGAACAAAAGGCCGGGGAGGGAAUGUUGGAGGAGAAGAGCUGGAAAGGCGUGGACGAGGCAGCUUUUGACAGGGGGUGUGUGGCUGCCCCCAGGAGCGGCGAUGGGGAGCGAUGCUGCCGCCUCCCCCUGCUGCUGGGCUCGGGGCUGCCCGGCGUCUCCCUGCUCUCUCUGGUGCUCAGCCUCCUGCUGUACUUUCGGACCUCCGACCUGCAGUCCCGCGUGUCCCACCUGGAAGCCGACAGACCCCAAACACAGCUCCCCGCCUGGCUCUCGGCGGACCAGAUGGAGACGGCUAUUUUGGGAAGAGUUGACCAACUGCUCAACGAGAAAUUAAAGUUCCACUUGCCAAGACAUCGGGAAGUUCGAGACACGCACCAGCGAUGCAACUGCCCGGCAGGUCCGCCUGGAGACAAAGGUGCCAUGGGAAUCCCUGGGCGGCCGGGACUAAAAGGGCAAUCUGGAGAGAAGGGUGCUCCAGGAGAAGCUGGCAUGUCUAUCAUCGGGCCCCGUGGUCCACCCGGCCAGCCUGGAACAAGAGGUUUUCCUGGAUUCCCGGGCCCUAUUGGCUUGGAUGGCAAACCGGGCCAUCCUGGACAGAAGGGAGAGAUGGGCGCUGCAGGUCCCAGGGGACAACCUGGGCCCCCAGGACAAAAAGGAGAGAAGGGUCAGUGCGCAGAGUACCCGCACAGGGAGUACCUAAGCACCACACUCGCAGCCCUGCGCUCUAACCAGAUCCUUACACUGAAGGGUGAACAAGGACAAGCAGGGAUCCAGGGCCCCCCGGGGCCCCCUGGUCCACCAGGGCCCGCUGGACCAGCCGGACCCGAAGGAAUCCCAGGGCGUCCUGGGCCAAUUGGACCCCCUGGCAGAGCGGGAGAGCCUGGAAAGCCUGGCAGAGAUGGAAAGGGCUUACCUGGGCCUCCUGGACCAAAGGGAGACACUGGGAUUCAGGGAUUCCCUGGCAGAAAGGGCGCUCCAGGGAUGGCCGCCGCAGGGAUGAAGGGCGAGCCUGGGACUCCAGGAGAAAAGGGUGAGAAGGGACGAGCUGGUGACCCUGGGCUUCCUGGACUCCCUGGCCCAAAGGGAGAGAAGGGAAUUGCUGAGAAUUCCUUGGUGGGAGUUAAAGGAGAACCUGGCCCUCCAGGUCUGCCAGGACCCCCUGGACCAAAGGGAGAAGCUGGUGACGUUGGUCAGCCUGGUGCUGCAGGAUCACAGGGAGAAAAGGGGGAACGUGGUUCACCAGGAGACCAGGGACCCAUGGGGCCCAGGGGCCCCAAGGGAGAGCCUGGCAAGGAUGAAAUGAUGGACUAUGAUGGGAACAUCAGUGAAGCUCUCCAGGAAAUACGAACUUUGGCCUUGAUGGGACCCCCAGGACGUCCAGGUGUGGCUGGACCUCCAGGGCCACCAGGACAGAAGGGUGAAAUUGGCUUGCCAGGUCCUCCAGGCCAUGAUGGAGAAAAGGGACCACGUGGCAAGCCUGGAGAAAUGGGCCCCCCUGGCCCUCACGGAUUGCCAGGAAAGGAUGGACCCCCUGGAAUAAAGGGAGAGCCAGGCAAUGUGGGGAUCAGAGGAGAAAAGGGCGACAAGGGAGAGCCAGGACAAGCAGGCUCACCGGGUCUAGAUGGCCCCACUGGAGAGAAAGGUGAACAAGGUGACCAAGGGAUUCCAGGACCAUCAGGAUUGCCAGGGCCCAUUGGACUUCCAGGACUGACAGGAGAGAAGGGUGAGCCUGGGGAGCGUGGAGACAAAGGAAAUCCAGGAGAAUCGAUAUCUGGGCCCCCCGGACCCCAAGGCCCUCCAGGACCUCCAGGUCCUCAGGGCGUUCCUGGACCCAAGGGGGAAGCAGGGAUUGAUGGAGUGAAAGGAGAGAAGGGUGCCCAGGGUGAAAAAGGAGACAGAGGGCCACUGGGAUUACCCGGUGCUUCAGGUUUAGACGGCAGGCCUGGACCACCGGGUAUUCCAGGACCAAUUGGGGUUUCAGGACCAGCAGGACCAAAAGGAGAAAGGGGCAGUAAAGGAGAUCCUGGAGUUGCAGGACCAAUGGGGCCAGCAGGGCUUCCUGGUUUACAAGGUCUACCUGGUGACAAGGGAGUCCGGGUAAGUUACCAGGCAAACUGUUUGUUUUAAUUUCUAACACGUGUACACACUGGCAGCCUAGCAUGUGUUUGUGUGCCAGACCCUCAUCCAAGUAACUUUGCACACCUCUGUUUUAGGAGGUGAUACCCACAGCUCGUUCCGUCACCUGGAACAUUGUGCUACAUCUCUCUGAAGGUUGUAGGAGGGAUUUUGUGGUCAUUGUGGUCACACCUCUGUUCUAACUGAAGCACAGGACUUGAGUUAGGCCAACAUGGUGUGCUUUAGAAAAUCCUGUUUAUCUAGUUACUGAUGUGUGUAGGGAUUCCUGGGAGAAUUGGCUGAGGUGCAGCCAGCAAAUCUUAUUUCAGUACUUCUAAAUUGUCCCUGAAGCAUGAAAAAGAAGGUUGUCUUCUAGCAAACAAUCCUGCAGAGAAUUCGAAAGACGGAAAUUUGAAAAAGAUAAAUUAAAUUUGCCUGUCUUUGAAGAAUCAGGCCUGAAGUCUCCUCAGGCAUUGUCCUGAAUGGAUGUG